GACCAGAGGCAAUUAAUCGAUCACGGGUCGAUCAGAGGGUGAGGGUUUUGAAAGUGCUGCAGCUAGUGCUGUUAAUGUUACAGUGAAACUGGAGAUGUGCUACUACUUGUACUAUUGACAGGAUCUCUAGACAGUGCUAUUUGAAAUAGGGUGCUGCCACCUCUCUAGUACGUACCUUUAAUUAACUUUAAAGUUUAAGACACCUUUUCUGGAAAUAGCUAGCUAGCUAACUAACUAGAUCUACUUGUCCACUGAGAUCUAGAUAUGGAAAAUAAAGCACUACUCUCAACUCCUGGUUUAACCAGACUGGAGGAGGCCCAUGAAGCAAAGAAGUUGUUUUCUCCCUUUUCUCCGGGUGGCAAUGAAUACAGAGAAAACCAGAGUGUCCCCAGUGCCAUUAUAACACCAAAGCGUAGACUGUCUCUAAACGACAUGGACGACAGCAUGCAGUCCCCUUCGUCUCUAGAAGGUGAUACAGGGUAUGGUAACAGUUUGAGUUCAUGUUUCUUUGAAAAUUCCAAUGAUGGGCUAUCUUUGGAAAAUAACAGGUCCCCACUGAGUGAGCUGAAUGCAAAUAGUCCACUGAGCACAGGUAAAAGAAUAAUUUUGCAAGCAAAAAGGCUGAAGAAAAAAUCUUUGUCACUCGUCAAUGAGAAAAUUGGAGAUCCCUCAAAAUCAGCAUUCAGAGUACCCUCUCUAUCUACCAUUCACUCCACUCGUCCCUCUUCCCUGCCCUCACUGGCUGAGAUGUCUACUCGAGAGAGCACUGGACGCUCCUGGAUCAGACAGAUCAGCUCCCCACUGGAAAAAAUGACUCUGAUGUCCCCCACUGGCCAAGUUGUGUUUUCAUUCGACUCAAAUUCCUUUCCUUCUCAAUCCAUUGGCUCCACCCACUCACUCCCACUACGUCCAAGCAGCCUGACAAGCACUGCCGACAGUGAUGGCUACUUUUCUGAAAUAGAAGUUUUUGAUAACGACGAAAUGGCAGAUUCAACUUCUGACACUAUAAAGACACUACUCAGCGCACCACUUUCUAGUAGUUCUUCCCUCGCAAGCAAAGCACGAAAUUUACCCUGCCCUACACCCAUUCGACCAUCACGCACUAACAGCAGCCCUCAGAUACAUGUACCUUCCACUACGUGUAUCACAAAGAAACCACAUCUCAAACGUUCGAGUCCCUCAAGUGAAUUUGUUCAGUUACAUCAGCCGAAGCGACCACCACUUCCUUUUCUUCACUGUUCUAAUUCUCAGGACUCCCCAAUUACUCUACUCUCAUCCCAUACCAAACAGCUAAAGGGUCGCUGCUUGUUGCGCUCGCAGUCUUACUGCAUGCCUCUCAUCAGUGGAACAGGAAAAGCUGCUCCUCUGUCUCCAAAGGAACUCAUUGGAGAUGAAACCAUGCCCUAUGCCUUGCCUCUUGUGAAUGGAAGCCUGCCGGGGCUCAAGUGUGUGUCCCCUGAAACACUAGGCAGACUGAUGGCUGGUGAAUUCACUGACAGAGUUGACACCUAUACUAUUAUAGACUGUCGCUACCCUUACGAGUAUGAAGGAGGGCAUAUUCAGGGGGCUGUAAAUAUCUACGAGGAAGAAGUUCUAAAGAAAAAGUUCUUUAGUAAUCCUGAGCAUCCAAAACAAGGAGAAAGAAUUAUUUAUAUAUUUCACUGUGAGUUCUCUUCCAAGCGUGGACCGAAAAUGUGUCGGUUACUGCGGGAUAUUGAUAGGAAAAGGAAUGGAUUACAAUUCUUCCCAAAAUUGUACUACCCUGAACUGUACCUCUUAGAAGGCGGAUACAAGGCUUUCUAUCCUACAUUCCAAGAGCUUUGUGAGCCUAAGAGCUACUGCCCAAUGGAAGAUGAGAACCAUAAGGAUGAUCUGCGGCACUUCAAGCAGCGAGCCAAAUCAUGGGGAUGUGACUCUAUUCUUCAGACUAAGCGACAAGUCCCAAGCAGGUGCAGAAGACGAACGACUGUUACCUCCGACAGUAGACCAAAAUCUAACUCACUCAGCUCAAUUGCAUCCAGUCCAAGUCUGAACUCAUGACAAAAGUAACUCAAGCGGCUUAGUCAAAAUUUUACUAUUUAAAAGAAUGAUUCUGAAAGAUCUUUAUUCACACUUACACUUGUAUAUAAUUUAUAGACUAAAUUAAUGUGUAUUAUUUGUAUUGUAUUCUGGGAUAUCGCUCGCAUUUUUCACAGCACAUGAUUACUUUACUUCGUUGUUGUAGUGAUCUACUGCGUUUUAUAAACUUUUAUUGUCUGUCUGUUGAUCAGUUGUAUAAUAAUAAUUACAAAGAGUCAAA